UUCAUUUGAUCAUUUUGAGGGUCUUGAGACAUUCAUAUUGCAAUUUUUAUGUUAUGUAUUUUGUAUAUUUACUUUAAAUAAUAGAUGAGUUCAAUGGCAGAUGAGACCAGAGGUGGAAGACCUGGGGGCAAAGACCACAAAAAGCCCACAGCAGAAGCCUUGAGAGGAGCCAUCCAGCUCGGCAUCGGGUACUCAGUCGGAAACAUGACGUCCAAACCAGACAGAGAUGUUCUCAUGCAAGACUUCUACGUUGUGGAGAGCGUCUUUCUCCCGAGUGAAGGCAGUAAUCUGACUCCAGCUCACCAUUAUCCUGAUUUUCGCUUUAAAAAUUAUGCUCCCUUGGCUUUCCGUUACUUUAGGGAGCUCUUUGGGAUUAAACCAGACGAUUAUUUGUACUCUAUUUGUAAAGAGCCUCUGAUAGAGCUGUCAAACCCCGGAGCGAGUAGUUCAUGGUUUUACUUAACCAGUGAUGACGAGUUCAUCAUAAAGACCGUGCAGCACAAAGAAGCUGAAUUUCUGCAGAAGCUGCUUCCAGGUUACUACAUGAAUCUGAAUCAGAACCCGAGGACCCUCUUGCCGAAGUUUUACGGGCUGUACUGUAUUCAGUGUGGUGGUGUUAAUAUCCGAUUGGUGGUGAUGAACAACAUUCUGCCUCGCUCUUUGAAAAUGCACUACAAAUAUGACUUAAAGGGCUCUACUUACAAACGCAGAGCGUCACGAAAGGAACGCGCCAAAUCCUCCCCGACUUUUAAAGAUCUGGACUUCCAGGAGAUGCAUGAAGGUCUUUACUUUGAUGCAGACACAUACAACGCCUUGAUGAAGACUCUUCAGAGAGACUGUCGGGUGCUGGAAAGCUUUAAAAUCAUGGACUACAGUUUGCUGCUGGGCAUCCAUGUUCUGGACAGGAAGCUGAGGGGGAGAGGCGGGAUUGGGGACAGUAAGCGCCAUGGGGGACAGAAGGUCCUGUACUCCACAGCUCUCGAGUCCAUUCAAGGAGACGGCAAAGCAGGCGAGCCUCUUCCUGACGCAGAUGACGACACAAUGGGUGGCAUCCCUGCUAAACACAAAGAUGAGAAGUUGCUGAUCUUCCUGGGAAUCAUUGAUAUCCUGCAGUCCUAUAGAUUUAUAAAGAAGGUUGAGCACUCGUGGAAGGCUCUUGUGCAUGAUGGCGACACUGUAUCUGUCCAUAGACCAAAUUUCUACGCUGACAGAUUCCUGAAGUUCAUGGGCACCACUGUAUUUAAAAAGAUUCAGCCUCUCCGUGGUGCAUCCUCGAGAAGGAAGAAGAACUCUAUCCAGCCGUGUAGGUCGGCCUCACAGGAAGUUCUGUCGACUGUAAAUGAAGAGAGUAAAGAAGAAAGGAGGGCACAAAGCCUCGAAAACCUCGAUGAUACAGAAACGCACCCCUCUCAGAAACCUGAUGUAAUUCCCAGCUCCACAAGACUCAACCCAGCCAUCUCAGCCGCCACUAUGUCUUCUGCUUCCUCUCUAGACGAUGUGAAGACUGAACCGCAAACAGAUUCAGAGAACAGAGAUGAUUAUAGGACGUCCAGCACGACUCUUGCAUUAGAGGACAGCACUCUUCCUGCUUCAGACUCACAGGCAAGCACACCCGAGUCAGGUCUGGACGUCUACUUGUGAUGCGUGAGGCCUUCUGAAGUGGACCAGAUCAUCCAAACGUCUGUAAGACUGAGAGACAGCGGACAUGCUGUCAACAUUUUGCACAAAGGAUAUCUCUAGCUGCUAAAACACAUGGACUGAGAAAGGCCUUAUGUUUGAAAGAAUGGCAGAGCGAUUGCCACACUAUAGUACUGCAGUGCCUUACACUGUCUGUGCACUUUGUACCCACUUGCAAGCACUAGAUUGUUGUAUAAUAAUAGUUACACUCCCUUUAGACCAGUGUGCUGUAACUGUAUCUCAUAAACACGCUGGUUGGUAUGCAUGUUAAAGGUGUGUUACCUGAUUAAAGCAUGUGUCAUACAGAGAAAUAGGUUUGUUAUAUUAUAAUAAUCCUGGUAUAAUUAUGUUCUGAGCGCUUCUGAAUUGUGUGAGUAAUGAUUUAAUUUCACCUGAUCAUUACAAUACAGUAACAAGUACCAAACAUUAGUAACAUUGUCACUAGUGAACAAGGAUUGAAUAUUAUGUUUGGUCAUGUGAUUUUGACGCACAAUCAGUAUAAUGUAAUUACAUGGGGGGGGGGGGGGGUAUUAUCAUGGUCAAUGUUACUUCGUGUAAAGAUUUACAGGGGCUUAAGAUGUAAAAAACCAGCAAUCUUUAAAAACUUUUUAUAAAAUGUAUUUAAAUUGAAAUGUAUUGUGAUUAGAGUAAUAUAUGAAUUAAAUGUGCUUUGAUGUAUAAUGUUUAUAGUUGCUAUUAAAUGCUGCAUCUACACAAGAA